AUGACCCUGAUGCUCAGAAUGCUGUUGUGUAUUGGAACUCUCCCAAAGCCCAUAAUCUGGGCAGAGCCACAUUCUGUGAUUGUCAUAUACACACCUGUGACUAUUUGGUGCCAGGGUUCCUGGGAGGCUGUGGAGUACUUUCUAUAUAAAGAGGGAAGCCUAGAUCCUUGGGACAGACAGCUCCCUCUGGAACAUGAGAACAAGGCUAAGUUCCACAUUAAAUACAUGUCAAAUGGCUUUGCAGGAAUAUACAAGUGUUACUAUAAGAGUCCUGCUGGCUCAUCAGAGCACAGUGACACACUGGACCUGGUACUAACUGGAGUCUAUGAUAAACCAAGCCUAUCUGUGUGGCUCAGCCCUGCUGUGACUUCAGGAGAGUCAAUAACCAUGCAGUGUAGCUCAUCACUGGAAUUUGACAGAUUCAUUCUGAUCCAGGAAGGAAAACAUAACUUCUCGUGGACACUGAACUCACAACAACAUGCCAAGAUGUCAUUCCAGGCUCAUUUUGUUAUGGGCUCUGUGACUGCCAACCACAAUGGAACAUUCAGAUGUUAUGGCUAUUUUAAAACUGUUCCCCAUGAGUGGUCAACAUCAAGUAAUCCCCUUGACAUCCUUAUUUCAGAACCUCCAUCCUCACAGAACCAACAUCACAUAGUUGAAAAUCUCAUCCGGAUGUUCAUGGCUGCCUUGGUUCUAGUGACUCUAGUGAUUCUGCUGUUAGAGGCUUGGUACAGCAAGAAAAUGGAAAAAGACUCAAUUAAGGGAUAAACAAGAAAAAAAUACUGCACACCACACUUGAGAAGACUGUGGGGAAUAAUUCUGAUGGUUCCGUUCCAUUUUGUAAUGAAAAUUGUAUGUACAUUAAGGAACUGUAUUCUGAGAUGGUCCAGGUACCUAGUAUAUUACAGGUGCAUGGAAUUCUGGAGUUUAUGUCAAGAGCACUUUGUCUGCUCAGCUGUGUUCCUUUCCCCACACCUCACUGUGGAUACCUGCUCACUUAGUCCUCCUCUUCUUACCUGCAUGUGUCAUGUAUGCCAUGGGCCCUUGAUUCUCUCACUUUCACAUAACAUUUUCCUUUACAGUGUCAGAGUAAAUAUUGUUCAUCAUGGGUCUUUAUCUUUACGACUGACAGAGAGAAGACAGGAUGAAAACA